AUGAGUCUGCCAUCACUCGCUUCAUAUCCACCUGCGCAAGUUCGCAAGGAUCUGGGACCCGUCGAGUGGGAAGCAUGUCUUGAUGCUUGGUUGUCACUUUCAGCCCUUUACUUGCGUCUCGGAAAGGCAGAAUUCGAAUCAGCAGCUCGGAACGAGCAACCUUUGGUUCCCUUUUUAACAUCUUAUUAUCGAGUAUCAGCUCAAGACCGCCAACAGCAUGGACAAACCCAGGGCAAGGAGCACACUCUGCGGAAGACUUGCUUCAUUCUCACUCAUAGGAUUCUGUUGACAACUUCUAACCCUCCGGCUCCUCUGCUUCAAUGGGACUUUCUCUCGGACUUUAGCCAUGUCUAUAUGAAGACACAAAGCCUGGAUUUGCUACUGCAGAAGCUCUGGCGUAAUAGGCAUACUGAUUUGAAUCGUUCUCUCCAAAACUUCUUGUCGACGACCAUCAAGCAACUUGAAUCAUCGAAUCCUGAUGUAGCAGAGCCGAGUGUGAAACGCAUCGUCCCUCUCCUUUUCUCUUCUCAUGAGGCUGGUGCCAUCGUUUUGACAAGUUCUGAACUUGUUGACGCUAUGUCAACGGCAUAUCCGAAAAGCUCACCUGAAUUGCACAAAUCUCUAGUGUCGGUCCUGUACUAUGGUCUUCUUUCCUUGACAAAAGGUGACAAACCAAACUAUUCUCUCCUGUUCGACCAUCUUUACGGCCUCAAGAACCAGGCUGGCAAUUCUGAAGUUUCAAUUUUGGCAGAUCUGGUUACCAACACCUCUCUGUUGUCCAAACUAAGGACAACUAUUACUGGAAAGAACGCAGAGCGAGCACAGGGUCUGGCAAACACUCUUUCGUCAUUACUCUCACCCUCAAUCGCAAGGCCUAAAAAAGCACACAAAGUCAACAAAGGGAAAGGCAAAGCGACCGCAGAUGAAUUUGGUCAUGGUGCUGUAUCAGCAGAGCAACACGUUCACCGAGUGGGCUUUAUAUCACAAAUACAGGAUCUGUUCCCGGACCUUGGUUCAGGCUUUAUCGCCAGACUAUGGAACGAAUAUCACGAUGAUCCGGAGCAAGUGACUGCCCUCCUUCUCGACGACUCACUACCUGAUCAUCUACGGUCGCUUGAUCGAACUGAAGAACUGUCGUAUUCGAAGGCAGAUGCUCAAGAGACGGAACAACAGAAAAUAGAGCAUUUGGCACCGCGCAGUACACCGCCUCCACAACGCCGGAACGUCUUUGACGAUGACGAAUUCGACAGGCUCGAGGUGGAUGCUUCCCAUCUGCACCUCGGCAGGAAGAACGCAAACCUUACUGCUGACGCUCUGUUGGAAGACAGAAGCGCUGCACCCGCAAAGAGUGCGAUUCUCUCCGCUUUGGCUGCAUUCGACUCGGAUGAUGACGAACGUGACGAUACCUAUGAUGAAGCAGAUGUAGGAGGAUACGUCGAUGCUGCCAGACCAGAUGGCGAGGAAUCAAGAGAAACAGAUCUCGGAAACCAGGGAGAGAACGAGGAAGCUUUGUUCCGCGCGUGGCGUAUGGAUAGAGGAGUGUUUGAACGAUCGUCAGACGUUCGUCGCAGCUCUGCUCGUGCUGCGCUCAAAAGCGAAACUGGCAUGCAGGACGAGGCUAUCGAAGGCUGGGCAGUCAUGCUCGGCCGUGAUCCGAGACGCCUCAAGAGACUGGAAGCAAGAUUCUCUGCUUUCAGUGGCGCGCAACCAGAAUUGGAAAGGACUGCAUACAGGGACAGUGAAGCCACGGAAGACUCGGACAACGGAGCUGGUGGGAGAGGUGGCAGAGGAGGCCGCGGAAGGGGCCGUGGUGGACGCGGACGUGGCAGAGGCGGUAGAGGUGGUGGUAACCCAGCUGGGCCUCCUAGCGAGGGUAAUACUCAGGCUGCUAGACAACGAAAAGAGGCACGUGGGUCCAAUCGCAGGGAAGGAAGAGCUAGGAAGAUGGCUAGAGCGGGCUUCCCUGGCUAG